CGGACUCAUCCAAGUUCAGUUUGUUUUGUUCGGCCGUCGAGCCUGGAACGUCGUCUGUCGCUCUGUUGUCCAGUGAAAGUGGCCCUUUGUUCUGUGUGUGUGUUUCCAUGAUCUAGAAUCCGGAAUAGAUUUGUGUGCGCAAGAAGUUCAAGAAGCUGUGAAGAUGAGUGAACUCAACAGUUCAACGAACAGUGCCAGCGGAUCGAGCUCCUGCGGAAGUUCCGACGGUGAAAGCAAUGGCGUUGGGAAACGUGCACAACGCGAACUCAAGGAAGAAGUGGUCAAAGACAUGGCAAUCGAUAAAAUGCGCGAAAAGAUGGAUAGCUUAGUCCACAAGCUGGAGAAGGACGUCGAGCGCAAGCUGGACCUGCUGGUGGAGGAUUUGGUGGGUGAGGUGAAGCUGUUCAAUCUCAAAAACUACAAGCUGCGGGAGCUGUUCAAGGAGACGAGCUCGUCCUCGAUAAGUACCGCCGACGGCGGCAGUUCCAGUAGUCGAGGUCGCAACCGAUCGCGUACCGGUGGCAAGCUGCCGGACAAGGAGUUUGUGGCGAGGAACUCGCUGCUGACGGACCUCUUCGAGGUGAAGCACAUCAAGACGAUCUAUCACAUCUUCGUGGUGAUACUGAUUAUCAUGUUUCUGAAUACGGUCGUGCACGACUUCGUCGAUCGGGGACGCAUCAAUCUGGGAUUCCGACCGAUCGUGGCCGGAUUCGGGAAGUUUCACAUCGCGCUGCUGCUGUGGAGCUGCAUGCAGAUCGCUACCCUGUGUGUGUAUCCGAGCUUCUGUCUGUGGGUGUUUGUGCGAAAGGACUAUGAAUCCCGCAAGGUUUGGGACAUCAGCUCUAUCUUCGGACUAGUAUUAUACCAGUGCACCUUUGUGGCGUUCGUUAUAAAAGCCGUGCUUUGGUUGGACCUUCCACCGGCGUCUUCGGUAGCAGUCCUCAUGGAAAUGACCCGGUUCGUAAUGAAGGUCCACGCCUUCGUCCGUAGCAACAUCCCACGUGCCUUGGAAAGGACAACCAAAUCUUCCUCGGAAGACAAACCUGCCCACGCCGUUGCAGUUCCAUCGUUCUCAAAGUUCAUCUACUUCCUAUUCGCUCCAACCCUGGUAUACCGUGACGAAUACCCGCGCACUAAGCGAAUCCGCUGGUCCGUGGUGUUCCGCCACGUUCUGGAAGUAAUCGGCGUAAUCUUCUACAUCAGCUUCAUCUUCGAACGCUUCCUGACUCCGCUGUUUGACCGAUUCGGACACGCGGAAAUCAGUUCCGGCAAGUUUGUCCUCUCCCUGUUCGGAAGUGUCAUGCCCGGAUCGCUGUCCUUCCUGUGUGGAUUCUACUGCCUGCUGCAUGCCUGGAUGAACGCCAGCUCGGAGCUGUUACGAUUCGCGGAUCGUCUGUUCUACCGGGACUGGUGGAACGCGUCCUCGUUCGCCGAGUACAUCCGAUCCUGGAACGUGGUGGUCCACGACUGGUUGUACACGUACAUCUACAAGGACGCCGUUGAGCAUGUGUUCAAGGAUUGCCGGUUUUUGGCAACCGUGCUGGUGUUCACCGUGUCGGCAAUCUUCCACGAGGUGAUCCUAGCGUUCGCCUUCCGGUUCUUCUUCCCGGUGAUGUUUGUGCAGUUCGAGUUCAUGGGACUGCUGCUGAUGUUCGUGACGCGCAAUAUGAGCAAAGACGUCGGCAACAUUCUGCUGUGGCUGAUGCUGUGCAUCGGAAACGGUAUCCAGCUUAGUCUGUACAACAUGGAGUACUACGCUAGGAGGAACUGCCCGGUUAGCGGAGAAUCGCUGGUGGACUACUUGAUACCGGUGUCGUGGUCCUGCAACGGAAUCUCGCAUAAUCCGAACUGGACGAUCAGCGCUCCGUGGGAACUGAAUUGACUGAAUUCCGUGAAUGUUCAUAGCUAGAUAAGUAAACAUAAUUACGUCGAGAUUAGACUUAAGCCAUGUGCCAUGAGGGUGGAAUCGAUUGCCUUUGACCAGUGAUUGCUGAACGUUGUCUACUUCAAAUAUAUAUUUAUUGCAUGAAGUCUUGCAAAAUCGUAUUAGUUAUAUAUUUAAAUACAGAACUGUCAGUAAAGUGU